CGAAUCCCUCGCCCUAUAUAAAAUGGAGGUCGCCACUCCGGAACUUGCUCAAGCUGACUUCGUGGAUCAAACCGUACGUGAAAAUUUGUUCAUGCUGAUCAAUCUGGUUAAAAUUCAACUAGCGUAGAUCAAGCAGGCUAGGUUCCCUCAUCCACCAUCAUCUCUACAACCUCUCCACACGAACGAGAUCAAGCAGAAGCUAGCUGCGAGCAAUGGAGCACCAGAUGUUCAACGACCCGUUCACGAGCAGCAUGUCGUCACUGGAGGCGGAAAUCUUCUCCGGUGGCCACCACCACCCAGCGCCAUCCCCGCAGUGGCCGGGCCUAGACCACGACAUCCCGGCGGCACCGGCUGCCAACAACGCCACCUCAUCCGGCGGCCCGGGUUCCCACCGGAAGAUGAGCCACAGCGCGUACGAGCGCGACAGCCGCAAGCAGCUCAACGAGCAUUAUUCCAACCUUCGCUCCCUCCUCCCUGACGAUGAUCAUCACACUAGGAAGCUGAACAAUCCGACCAUUGUGUCGCGGGUGAUCAAGUACAUCCCGGAGCUGCAGAAGGAGGUAGACGGCCUGGAGAAGAAGAAGGAACAGCUGACGCGUGCCAGCUGCAGGCCGGGAGAUGACACGGCUCCUAUCGUCUCCCCCACCUGCCUCAACGACAGGGAAAUCAUGGUCCAGGUCAGCCUGCUGAACACCAUGGCUGGCGCUCUGCCCAUGUCCAAAUGCAUCAACGUGCUGGAGAAUCAAGGCCUCUGCCUCAUCAGCUCGUCCGCUUCCGCUUUUCAGAACAGGACCUUCUAUAGCCUUCAUCUUCAGAGAACCCAACGAACAAUGAGCAAAGAGUGCUCAGCAUUUUGUGACGAAUUGGAGAACGCCGUGAAGCAAAAGGCGGGACUACAUCCACAUUACUAGUGGAAGACAGCAUAAUAAUGGUGGAUGCGAUCAUAUUUAAGUACCAUGAAUCAAAAUACAUGCCAUACCUAUAUACUCCCUUCGUCCCAGAAUAAGUGUCUCAACUUUCUACUAACUUAUUUUGGGAUGGAGAGAGUAACAAAUAAUCAAGGAUCAAUAGUAGGACCGAUGCAUGCAUGAUAGUAUAAAACAGUGUGUUCCAUAUAACUACUAUUGUAUAUACAUUCCGGCCCUACAUUUUCCUCUUGAUGUACCCUAGCUUGUAUGCAUAUGUAAGUUGAGUAUAAUUAGUAUGCGUGAUAGGACGGAGAAAAUAAAUUUGGAGCUGGCCGCAAAGCAGUGGCGUGCAUUCUGAUAAGAAACACGCCAUGUCCAUGUAAUUCAUACAAAUAAAUAAAUAUAUUAUGGUACUACCAUGUCGCGUAAUGUUCAUA